AUGGAACAACACCUUGCCCAAGUCGCCGACGUCGCCGACAAGGCGUUUGACUUUGUCAUAGUAGGCGGAGGGCUCGCCGGAUGCGUCUUGGCCGCACGCCUGACUGAGAACCCGGGGGUGACUGUCGCCCUGCUUGAAGCCGGGAACGCGCACUUCGACGACCCACUCGUCACGGACCCGAUGGGGUGGAUGAAGCAGGUGUUCAACCCCGAGUACGACUGGGUCUUCCGCACCAAGCCCCAGACCCGGACGCAGAACAACCUCACUACGCCGGAUGGGAAGCCGGACCCGAGCUUCUACUGGUCGAGGGGCAAAGGCCUGGGAGGAAGCUCGUGCAUGAACUUCUUGUUCUGGACACGCCCUCAGCGCGAGGAGGUUGAUGCAAUUGAGAAGUUAGGCAACGAGGGAUGGAACUGGGAGCGCUUCUUCGAAGCGUCCAAGCGCUCUGAAACUCUCCGUCCUACUGGUAUCCAAAACGACCCAGCGUAUGCGCCCCUUUACUCCGAGGACUCAGUUGGACACAACGGUCCUGUUUCCGUAUCCUUCACUCGGACUUCCUCUAUGCUCGAGGCUCCAUUCCAGAAGGCCCUCGAAGCUUGCGGCAUCAAAACGAUCAAGGACGGGCUCGGUGGAGAUCUCAACGGAACGUUCCACUCCGUCAACAAUGUCGAUCCGAGAACUUGGACGCGGAGCUCAGCUGCGAGCGGUUACCUCAUUCCGGCACUCCAUCGGCCCAACCUGAAGGUCCUCACCAAGGCGUACGUGCAGAAAGUUCUCGGCAGCAACGAGGCCGGCUCCUUCGUGGCCUCGGGCGUCCAGUUCGAUUUGGAGGGGAUGACUUACACUGUCAACGCUGCUAAGGAAGUCAUCUUGUCCGCCAGCACUGUCAAGUCUCCCCACAUCCUCGAGAUGAGCGGCAUCGGAGACCGUAAGGUCCUUGAACCUCUCAGUAUUCCUGUCAACGUCGAUCUCCCUACCGUCGGGACGAACCUCCAAGACCAUCUCAUCGUGACGGGCUCCGUGUUUGAGAUGCAAUCGGACAAGGGGUUUGUCACUACAGACACCCUCGACCAUCCUGAGAUCCAAGCCAUGCUGAAGAAGUGCUAUGCUGAAUCAGGCUCGGACGCCGCCGCCCGCCUCGUCUGCUCGGGAACGACGUUCCUGCCGCUCCAAGACUUCUCGCCCCGCGCGAAUGAGCUCAUCUCCGCACUCGAAGCACGCAUCCAGGAACGCGCGCAGUCGGGCGCGUACGCUCCCGGACGUCUCGAGCAGAUGAAGGUGCAACUAGAAAUGCUCAAGGACCCGAAGGUGCCCGACAUCGAGAUCGUCAUCUUCCCCUUCAACAUGCAUCCGGACGGGACCGGCAGGCCCUACACUGGCAUAUUCCCCUCCCUCGCCCGCCCGUUCUACCGCGGCUCUGUGCACGCCGCCUCCGCGGAUCCGGCCGUCCAGCCCGAGAUCGAGCCGGACUACCUCUCGGACGAGUUCGACCUCGAGCUGCUCCUCGACUCCAUGAAGUUCGUCCGCCGCGCCGCCGCGACUCCCGCGUGGAGCUCGAUCUGCAACGCCGAGCUCCUCCCCGGGCCCGCCAUCGUGUCCGAGGCACAGCUGCGCGAGUCCGUGCGGGACAACGUGUCGACGACGUGGCACGCGUGCGGGACGUGCUCGAUGCUGCCGCGCGACAAGGGCGGCGUGGUCGACGCGCGCCUCAAGGUGUAUGGCACGCGCAACCUCCGUGUGUGCGACCUCUCGGUCUUGCCGCUCAUCACCGUCGUGCACACCCAAGCGACGACGUAUGGGAUCGCCGAGCAGGGCGCAGACAUCAUCAAGGCUGACCACGGAAUUUGA